GCGGGGCUUAGAGAGAGAGUCUGAGCUCCACACUUCACCAAAUACAGUUCAAUGAGCAGCAGCUGAGUGUAAGGAACUGCUGCUCCUUGCUGCCUGGAAUCAGAGGAGUCUCAAGGAGUUGGUUGAAAACUGGGACACAUUAAUCCAGCAGCACAGAUCCACCACCAACAUCCCAAUUCCUUAUCACUGAUUGGAGUCAUUGGGGAUUUGUUUUGCUCUUUUGAAGGAAAAACAAACAAACAAACAUAAACAAAGGAUUUUCGUUUGCUCCUUAAUUCACUUCUUUGACAAAAGUGCACACUUUCCAUUUAUUGAUGUUUUAUGUGCAGUGAUGACAAAGGAUUGCACAGGAGAGUUUACUGGAUCCGUUUUCCCAGAGAGAUCCCUCUCAGUGGAUUACUAAUGGGACAUUACACGAGCUAGCCUGGCUUCUCCGCUUCCUCUGCAUGUUCUCAAGGGUGAAGUGAAAAGUUAAGUCUUUGAGCUGAUCUACUAUGAGGUCAGAAGCUUUGCUGCUGUAUUUCAUGAUACUUCGGUUUGUUGGGGCUGGUUUCCCAGAAGAUUCUGAGCCUAUCAGCAUAUCACAUGGCAACUAUACAAAACAAUAUCCGGUAUUUGUCGGGCACAAACCAGGACGGAACAGCACACAAAGGCAUAAGAUGGAUAUCCAGCAGUUCAUGAUAUUGAACCGGACCCUCUACAUAGCUGCUAGAGACCACAUUUAUACGAUUGAUCUCGACACGUCACACACAGAUGAAAUCUAUUUCAGCAAAAAACUGACGUGGAAAUCCAAGCAGCCUGAUGUAGACACCUGCAGAAUGAAGGGAAAGCAUAAGGACGAAUGCCAUAACUUUAUUAAGGUUAUGCUGAAGCGAGAUGAAGACACAUUGUUUGUCUGCGGCACAAAUGCUUUCAAUCCUGCCUGCAGAAACUAUAAGAUGGACACGCUUGACUAUUUUGAUGAAGAGAUAAGUGGAAUGGCAAGGUGCCCGUACGAUGCAAAGCAUGCUAAUGUUGCACUGUUUGCAGAUGGGAAACUCUAUUCUGCCACCGUGACAGACUUCCUUGCAAUCGAUGCUGUCAUUUAUCGGAGUUUGGGGGAUAGUCCGACCUUGCGGACAGUGAAAUAUGACUCCAAAUGGUUGAAAGAGCCAUACUUUGUACAUGCCGUGGAUUACGGGGACCUUAUCUACUUUUUCUAUCGGGAAAUUGCAGUCGAAUAUAACAGCAUGGGGAAGGUGGUGUUUCCGAGGGUGGCACAGGUCUGUAAGAAUGAUAUGGGGGGCUCCCAGAGGGUGCUUGAGAAACAGUGGACGUCAUUCCUUAAAGCCCGACUGAAUUGCUCGGUUCCUGGGGAUUCACAUUUUUACUUCAACAUACUGCAAGCUGUUACAGAUGUGAUUCACAUUAAUGGCCGCGAUGUUGUGCUAGCCACAUUCUCAACACCAUACAACAGCAUCCCAGGCUCCGCUGUGUGCGCUUAUGAUAUGGCCGACAUUGCCAGCGUGUUUACUGGGAGAUUCAAGGAACAGAAGUCUCCAGACUCAACGUGGACACCGGUUCCUGAUGAAAGGGUACCUAAGCCAAGGCCAGGCUGCUGUGCUGGCUCUGCCUCAGUAGAAAAAUAUGCUGCUUCCAAUGACCUUCCAGAUGAUACACUUAACUUCAUUAAAACACAUCCCCUCAUGGAUGAGGCUGUGCCGUCUAUAGUAAACAGACCACUAUUUCUCCGGACCAUGGUUAGGUAUCGUCUAACCAAAAUAGCAGUUGACACGGCUGCUGGUCCAUACCAGAAUCACACCGUGGUUUUCCUUGGAUCGGAGAGAGGGAUCAUUCUGAAGUUCCUCGCAAGGACAGGAUACAGUGGUUUCUUAAGUGAUAGCCUGUUUUUGGAGGAGAUGAACGUUUACAAUCCUGAAAAGUGCAGCUAUGAUGGAGCAGAUGACAAGCGGAUAAUUGGGAUGCAGCUAGACAAACAAAGCAACUCUCUGUACGUGGCUUUCUCCACGUGUGUUAUCUGGGUCCCGCUUGCGAGAUGUGAACGACAUGCAAAGUGUAAAAAGACUUGUAUUGCUUCCAGAGACCCGUACUGUGUUUGGUUACGAGAAGGGGGAACAUGUUCACAGCUGUCACCUGGUACUAAAGUACCGUUUGAGCAGGACGUUGAGCAUGGCAACACAGACGGACUUGGAGACUGCCAAAAUUCUUUUGUGGCAUUAAAUGAAUUUCCAACCACUCCUCCCGAUCAGGAAAUAAAUUACUACACAGUGUAUGAUCCCAGCACUACUUUCCACUCAAGAGACCACGGGGUCUACGAUAGGGAACGAAUCCUGAACUGGAUGGACCCCUAUGACUCAUCUGAGAAUACAGAUCCACAUGUGGCAGACUCAUUCCAUAAUCACCAAGACAAAAAGGGGGUAAUUCGUGAGAGUUAUCUCAAAGGUCACGAUCAACUUGUUCCAGUAACACUUUUGGCCAUUGCCGUUAUUCUUGCUUUUGUGAUGGGUGCAGUCUUCUCUGGAAUAAUUGUUUACUGUAUCUGUGACCAUCGCCGAAGGGAUGUAAAUGGAGUGCAGAGGAAGGACAGAGACCUUAAUCAUUCACGAAGAGGUUCUAUGGCAAGUGUCACUAAGCUAAGUGGACUCUUCGGUGACAGUCAGGGCAAAGACCCGAAACCUGAGGCUAUCCUUACUCCACUGAUGCAUAAUGGAAAACUGGCUACACCAGGAACUACUGCUAAAAUGCUAAUCAAAGCUGAGCAACACCAUCUAGAUCUGGCAGCAUUACCGACUCCUGAAUCCACUCCAACUCUGCAGCAAAAAAGGAAGCCUAGUCGAGGCAGUCGUGAUUGGGAACGAAAUCAAAACAUUAUCAAUGCUUGCACGAAAGAUAUGCCUCCAAUGGGAUCACCUGUUAUUCCAACUGAUUUGCCUCUUCGAGCAUCACCAAGCCACAUUUCUAGCGUUGUGGUCCUUCCAAUAACCCAACAAGGGUAUCAACACGAAUAUAUGGACCAACCAAAACUAACUGAGGUGGCACAAAUAUCUAUUGAAAAUCAGAAUUCUACUCUAGAGUACAAAGCAAUUAAGGAACACCUUAAUGGUAAAAGUCCAAAUCAUGGUGUGAAUUUGGUGGAAAAUUUAGAUAGUAUACCACCAAAAGUGCCCCAAAGAGAGGCUUCACUAGGGCCUCCAAGUUCUUCAAUGUCUCAGAAUGGAAUGGGGAAGCGCAUAGACAUGCAUUCACCAGCGUAUAGUGUAGAUUACAAGAGAAGCUACCCUACAAACUCACUCACAAGAACUCACCAGACAUCAACCCUGAAAAGAAACAACACCAAUUCGUCAAAUUCAUCUCACCUCUCCAGACAUCAGAGUUUUGGUAGAGGGGACAAUCCUCCUCCUGCUCCUCAAAGAGUAGACUCUAUACAUUUCAACGCUGCUCAAGGACAGACAGUGACUCUGACAAGGCAGCCUGGUAUUAAUGCCUAUAACUCUCUACCCAGAUCAGGUGUGAAACGUACUCCUUCUUUAAAGCCAGAUGUACCACCCAAACCUACAUUUGCACCACAUUCAUCAUCCAUUAACUCCAGUGAUGCAUGUACAUAAUUAUAAAAGGAAGGAAUAUCAAGGGGGCAGAAUUUGCCAUUUUGAGCCAGUCUACUGCAACUCCAUCAAUAAACAAAAAUUUCCAAGAAGGCUGUUAAUAAGCUACGGACUCUUUGGAAAAGAAGAAGUGAAAUAUUUUCUUAUGAAACCAUGUGACGUACGGUUUAUGUCUGCAGCUGCAGGACUUGCACACAAUCUAAACAGUCUUUACUGUUAACAAAUUCAUCCCAGAGCAUCACACCCAUGAGCCAAAAGCACAAAGUUGAAUGUUAACUUCACCUCCUGAUACACGUGGACUUGUAGAGGAGAGCAAGAAGACUAACAAGCAACAAGGAUGAAAAGGAUGUCGCAUGACUUCAAGGACAAUGCUAACUCAAAAUUAAUAAUGGCAGAAGUUUACUAUGUGCAGAUACUGUGAAAUGCCCAUCAGUGUUACAGCAGCUUGAUUAGCAGAAGAAUGCCGAACUGGGCACAGCUAUUCCCAAUCUCUGCUAUUCCUUUCUUUUUAAUGAAUAACAUGUGACCGAUAACAAUAGUAACUCCUAUUAUUUAUUGUUCAUUUUGUCUUUCCUAAGGAAAUGACUUUCCUGCAAUUCACUUUCUGAGCAGCUCUAUGGACGGAAAAAAGAGAUUAUGAACUCAAUUCUAUUUAACAUGAUCUGCUAACUGGAGUAGUUGAGUACUUUUAUUAUAAUUAUUAUUUUUUUUCCAAUAAAUUGGAUGAGGAAACAA